AUGGAGCAGCAGCGGGUACGUUCACGUGAAGGUGUCGCGGUAAUCCCUGGAGUUGCAUGUGUGUGUGUGCUCAUGGCCGGAAAGCUUGGGAAACCACCAUGGCAGCCGACCAUGGUGCUUUCCAUAGUGUACAACUGUUCUGUCACCACCCGCCGCCAUAUGGUGGUGGCUGUGUGCAAAACAGGAGACGACGCACCGUCCAUCGGCAUUGACCUCGGAACAACGUACUCAUGUGUCGCCGUUGGGAAGAAUGAUCGCAUCGAAAUCAUUCCUAAUGCUCAGGGAUAUAGAACGACACCGUCUUGUGUUGCUUUCGUUGAUGCAGCACGUCUCAUUGGCGAUGGCACCAAGAACCAAGCCACCAUCAACCCUACUAACACCAUAUUUGAUGCUAAGAGGUUGAUUGGAAGAAGGUUCAGUGAUUCCAAAGUGCAAGAGGACAAGAAAUUGUGGCCUUUUAAGGUGAUAGAAGGUCCUUCCGACACACCAAAGAUAGUCGUCUCCUACAAAGGUAAAGCCACGGAAUUUUUGGCGGAAGAAAUUUCAUCAAUGGUUCUUGGAAGGAUGAAAGAAAUUGCAGAAUCAUACGUUGGAAAACCCGUGAAAGAUGGUGUGAUAACAGUCCCCGCUUACUUUAACGAUCCACAGCGUCAAGCAACAAAAGAUGCUGGCACUAUUGUUGGACUCAACGUCAUUAGCAUGAUCAAUGAACCUACAGCAGCUGCAAUUUCUUAUGGUCUAUAA